CACACACAUCGACGGAAAUCUGUACUGUACUGUACAGUCGACGUAACAGACGCCGUGCGGCCUAGAUGUUGGCAGGAAAGUGGACUGUGCAGUGGAUCCAUCGACACCCCACUUUCCAAGCGCCCAGCAACAAACAAACUGAUCGUCCAAGCUUUAUGGACCUGGCAAGCUGAAGUCGUCCCCACCCAGACUUGCUGUUGGUCUAUUGAGCGCGGUCGCCAUUUCUCCUACAACUCUACCUCUUCUCCCUCCCGUCAUAAGCCCUUUAACAUUACGAUCCACAUCGACAGAGGGACAUCAAUCAACUUCAAUUUCAACUUCUUGGCUGUCAUAGCCACUGAGGCAAACUCCUCUCUCCAUUCGCCGAUCCGCUCUGAGUACAUACCUGACGGGACGGAGCUUCAUCUACGCGGUGAAACCCAACUCUCGCAACGUCAUUCUCCCACAAGACCCUGUCGCGACUCAGGCCCUCUCCUGAACCAAUACACCCAUGGUACUCUGCAAUACGCAUCAGACAGAGCCUAGUCAAUUGCUUGGGCGCCUGCCGUUGAUAUAUCAUCAAUAAACACCCCGCUCCGUGCCCGUCUCCAAACUCCGACGACUUCGCAAACCAACGAGGCGCAGCAGCUCCCAGGUGUUCCCCGCGCAACGACUGAGCCUAAAUCGCAACCCCGAUCGUUCCCUUGCAGCGAAUCCAAUAUGGCCUCAUCUCCAGCAUUCAAGCGUUUCAUCCGCUCAGCAUCGAACAGCGACAGACGAGUCGCCACCGACGAGAUGCCGGCCCAAGACGAGCGCACCAGCCUGCUCAAUGGCAAUAUCAACACUUCUAGAGAGAAUACAUGGAGAUCGGUCUUUGCGAAGUCCUCCACGCCUGGAGACCAGAGCGAAAAUCCAUUGGUCCGGUACCCUGCGACAGUGUUUACGAUUACAAAGAUUACGCUGCUGAGCAACUACGUAAACGUCCUCCUGGUCUUCGUGCCGCUUGGAAUCUUUGCUGGUGCGUCAGGAUGGGAUCCAGUGACAGUCUUCGCGCUCAACUUCUUUGCCAUCAUGCCAUUGGCGGCAGUUCUCUCAUUCGCGACUGAGGAAAUAUCUAUGAAAUUGGGACAGACGCUAGGAGGGUUGAUGAAUGCGACAUUUGGCAAUGCCGUUGAACUCAUUGUGUGCAUCGUUGCUCUCCGCAAUGGCGAAAUCCGCAUCGUCCAGUCCAGCAUGCUGGGCAGCAUCCUCUCCAACGUCCUCCUCGUCCUCGGCUGCUGCUUCGUAGCCGGCGGCAUCCACAACACGCGCACCGGUACCGUCCAAGGAAUCGAGCAGACGUUCAACUCGACAGCUGCAGGCACAAUGUCGUCACUGCUCAUCCUUGCCUCAGCCUCCCUAAUCAUCCCCGCCACGCUCUACACCGUCAUCGCCGGGUCCAGCGCCAACACGGAAGACACUAUGCUCUUGCUUUCCCGCGGCACCGCCAUCAUCCUGCUGAUUCUAUACGUCCUAUAUCUCGCCUUCCAGCUCCGCACCCACGCCAACCUUUUUAACGCCGAGCACGAGGCCGGCACCGAGAUGGAUGACGAGGAGCACAACCCCGAGGAGCCCCAGAUGAGCCCUUGGGCUGCAACCAUCGUUCUGAUCAUUACCACCCUCGCCGUUGCCGUCUGUGCCGACUACCUCGUCGACAGCAUCGAUGCCCUCGUUGCCAAAGUUCACGUGUCAAAGACGUUUGUGGGUCUCAUCCUGCUCCCUAUCGUCGGUAACGCCGCCGAGCACGUCACGGCUAUUGUGGUGGCGCUGAAGGAUAAGAUGGAUCUGGCUAUGGGUGUUGCGGUUGGCAGCUCUAUGCAGAUUGCCCUGCUCGUGACACCGUUCUUGGUGGUUCUGGGGUGGAUCAUUGGUCAGCCAAUGACGCUGCACUUUGAGACCUUCGAAACAGUUGUAUUCUUCCUAAGCGUCCUCGUUGUCUCAUACGUGAUCGCAGAUGGAAAGAGCAAUUAUCUGGAAGGUGCCAUGUUACUCGGCCUCUACUUCAUCAUCGCCCUCGCCUUCCUCGUCUACCCCGACGACGCAACCAACGUGCCAGAGGGCAUCAAACUCGCAGUCCGCAGCGUCUUCAAGUGGGACUAAACCACUAUACUUUUUAUAACUUCCAGCGUGAGACGAUGGCAGGAUACCGUCACCGCUGAGCCCUGCGGGCUCUAUCCAAGAUCUCUGGUCAGGAACCAGGGGAAUUUAAAUUGCCCAAGGCAACAAGGGGGUCCGUGAGGCUGUUUGGUUAUUUGAGGCGCAAUGGAGGAGUUUGUGGGAAAUGGGUACUAUUAGGUCCUGAACACUUUACACAACUUGUAGCUAUAUCGUUUCUUUUAGUUAGUACAUAAUAAGGAGAGUUGGAG